AUGCUCAAGGGUGUGAUUCUGUUUAACACCCGAGGAGACAUCUUAGUAGAUAAAAGCGGAGGUAGCGGUGUUACCAAAGCUGAUAUAGAAAUUCUUCGCGGAUCUAUUAUCCCUGUUAAGCGAUUUUCCCCGAUAUUUGAAUCAUUUGGGAAUAUAUACUUAACUCAUCAGGUCAAUGACGUUUACGUCGUUGGAGUAUGUAAUGAGCAAGCAGAAACUGUAUUUGUAGCAGACUUACUUAUUACUCUCUGCAAUUAUAUCGAAGAUCAAAUUAAAGUUCCUUUAUCAGAAGCAAAAAUUAAGACAGAUUUCGCAAUAAUAUAUAUGAUUAUAGAUCAAUUUUUAAUUGACGGGUACCCACUUGCAUCAGAUAUCCAUUCUUUAACUCAAUUCAUUUCAUCAGGCCAAAAUACGAAAUCUAAGGCAAGGUGGGGAUUCCGUGGGAAGAAAUACAUAGACUGUCAAGUUACAGAAACACUUGACGUAUUCUUUGAUUCAUCAGGUUAUAUAAACCUUUUCCAGAUACGAGGAGUCGUAAUUGUUGGUGCUAACCUCGAAUCAGGACUCAUAUAUCUGGAUUAUAAGGCUCCACCAAACGGUUUUGACCCAAUUUUUUCAUCAAAUGUCAAUAAAGUCCUCAACAAGGCAAAUGAACUUUCACUAGCCCCACCUCAAUAUCCAUCAGCAAUAAUUAAUUACACAGUUGUGGCUUCAGCCAUCACCCCUCCGAUUCUUCUUCGUCCGAGAUUCAUCUGGCAAAAGGACGGUGUUAGGAUUGAGAUAGAGUACCGUGUUGGCCAGCUCAAGCCAUCAUAUUGCUACAUAUCUUUCGAUGUUCCACCGGAUAUGUUACCUCCUUCACUUGCUGUUACAGAAGGCUCUGUUUCGUAUCAUAGCGAAACAAGGACAGUCUCAUGGGAAGUUGCAUCGCAAGUUUCUAGAGCUGUACUGACUGGUUGGAUUCCAAAUGAUAAGGCACAAUUUACUGAAAUUGUUACUUCAGUUAAAUUCACCAGUUUUGGGCCACUUAUAUCUGGAUUUUCAGUAGCAGAUAUAAAAUCUAGUGUAAAUGAUGAAACUGUAACAAAGAGUAUGAAAUGUCAGAUUGCUAGUGGACGAUACGAGUUUGCACCCCUCAAGUAG